AUGGGUGGUGGUAGAAGAAAGAAGCAGCAUUUUGGCAGAAUCCAUGCCUUCUCAUGUGGGAAAGCAUCAUUCAAUGGCGAGCAUUCACGUAUUGGAGGUCCUGGCUUCUCACGGGUAGUUUACUGCAACGACCCUGACUGCUUGGAGGCCGCUGCUCAUAGUUAUGAAGGCAAUUAUGUUAGAACCACUAAGUACAGACUUGCUACGUUCUUACCAAAAGCACUGUUUGAGCAAUUCAGAAGGGUUGCCAAUAUAUAUUUCCUCAUCUGUGCAAUAUUGUCUUUUACACCACUUUCUCCUUACUCUGCUGUCAGCAACGUCGUCCCUCUCGUCGUUGUGAUCGGAGUUACAAUGGGGAAAGAGGCUGUUGAAGAUUGGAGGCGCAAAAGACAGGAUAUUGAAAUGAACAACAGGAAAGUUAGGGUGCAUCAUGGUGAUGGAGUUUUUGAGUAUACUAAGUGGAGGGAUUUGAAAGUUGGGGAUAUAGUGAAGGUGGAAAAGGACGAAUAUUUUCCUGCUGAUCUCAUCUUACUUUCAUCAAGCUAUGAUGAGGCACUUUGCUAUGUAGAGACCACCAAUCUUGAUGGGGAAACUAAUUUGAAAUUAAAACAAGCAUUGGAAGCAACUUCUAAUCUGCAUGAAGAUUCGAGCUUCAAUAAUUUCAAGGGUGUGAUCCGAUGUGAAGACCCAAAUGCAAACUUGUACUCAUUUGUAGGCAGUCUGGAGAUUGAAGAGCAACCGUACCCUCUUACGCCUCAGCAGCUUCUGCUUAGGGACUCCAAGCUACGAAACACAGAUUUUGUGUAUGGGGUGGUAAUCUUCACAGGUCAUGACACAAAAGUUAUGCAAAACUCAACAGCUCCACCUUCCAAGAGAAGCAAAGUUGAGAGGAGGAUGGAUAAGAUCAUCUACUUCUUGUUUUUCCUCUUAGUUUUGAUGUCAUUUGUUGGGGCUACUGUCUUUGGGGUUACAACUAGGAAAGACCUCGAAAAUGGAAGAAUGAUAAGAUGGUACCUCAGACCAGAUGACACCACAGUUUACUAUGAUCCGACAAGGGCACCAGUUGCAGCAAUUUUGCAAUUUUUAACAGCCAUUAUGUUGUACAGUUAUUUGAUUCCCAUAUCCUUGUAUGUAUCAAUAGAAAUUGUCAAAGUUCUUCAGUGCACUUUCAUAAACCAGGAUCUGCACAUGUACUAUGAGGAAACUGACCAGCCAGCCCUAGCCCGUACUUCAAACUUGAAUGAAGAACUUGGCCAAGUUGAUACUAUACUUUCUGAUAAGACGGGAACAUUGACUUGCAACUCAAUGGAAUUUAUCAAGUGUUCCAUUGCUGGGACUGCUUUUGGGCGUGGAGUUACAGAAGUUGAGAGAGCUUUAGCCGGGAGAAAAGGCUCAUCUAAGUCAUCUUUAGCUGAAGAGGUGACAGAAGAAGAGAGUCAUGUUGAAGACUUGACUGAAGCCAAGUCAUUGAUAAAGGGCUUUAAUUUUAGGGAUGAAAGGAUCAUGAAUGGCCAUUGGGUUAAUGAGCCUCGUGCAGACAUAAUCCAGAAGUUUCUACAGUUACUAGCUAUCUGUCAUACUGCAAUACCUGAUAUUGAUGAAGAAACCGGAAGAGUAUCAUAUGAAGCUGAAUCACCAGAUGAGGCAGCUUUUGUGAUUGCAGCAAGAGAGCUGGGGUUUGAAUUUUAUAAAAGGACUCAAACAAGCAUCUCGGUGCAUGAGUUGGAUCCCAUUUAUGGAAGGAAGGUUGAAAGAGUUUAUAAGCUUUUGAGCAUACUGGAAUUCAGUAGUUCUAGAAAGCGGAUGUCUGUGAUCAUAAGAACUGAAGAGGGAAAGAUACUACUGCUUUGUAAAGGUGCUGACAGUGUCAUGUUCGAAAGACUUGCAAAGAAUGGAAGGGAGUUCGAAGAGAAGACUAAGGAACACAUUAACGAGUAUGCUGAUGCUGGUUUGAGGACUUUGGUACUUGCAUAUCGUGAACUUGAUGAAGAAGAAUAUGUUGAAUUCAACAAAGAAUUUACUGAGGCAAAAAAUUUGGUUAGUUCAGACCGGGAGGAAAUUGUCGAGCAAGUUUCAGAGAAGAUAGAGAGGGAUUUGAUUCUUCUUGGUGCUACUGCAGUUGAAGACAAACUUCAAAAUGGGGUUCCUGAAUGCAUUGAUAAGCUUGCUCAGGCUGGAAUUAAGAUAUGGGUUUUGACUGGAGAUAAAAUGGAGACGGCAAUUAAUAUUGGCUAUGCAUGCAGUUUGCUUAGACAAGGAAUGAAACAAAUAGUAAUAAGCUCAGAGACUCCAGAAGUUAAAGCAUUAGAGAAGGUGGAGGAUAAGUCCAUGGUUGCCAAGGCAUUGAAGGAAAGUGUUGUCCAUCAAAUAAAUGAGGGAAAGGCUUUGCUCACUUCACCAGAUGAGAACUCUGAGGCAUUGGCUUUGAUUAUUGAUGGGAAUUCACUCGCUUAUGCCUUAGAAAAAGAUGUCAAGGACCUCUUUAUAGAGCUUGCCAUCAGUUGCGCAUCUGUUAUAUGCUGUCGUUCAUCUCCCAAACAGAAAGCACUUGUUACAAGACUGGUAAAAGAGAGAAAUGGCAACACAACUCUGGCAAUUGGUGAUGGGGCAAAUGAUGUUGGAAUGCUUCAAGAGGCAGAUAUUGGAGUUGGUAUCAGCGGUGUUGAAGGAAUGCAGGCAGUCAUGUCAAGUGAUGUUGCAAUUGCACAGUUCUGUUUUUUGGAGCGCCUGUUACUUGUACAUGGACAUUGGUGUUACAGAAGAAUCUCAUCAAUGAUAUGCUAUUUCUUCUACAAGAACAUUGCUUUUGGCUUUACUAUUUUCUUCUUUGAGAUUUAUGCUUCAUUCUCGGGACAAACUGCAUACAAUGAUUGGUAUCUGUCACUAUAUAAUGUCUUCUUCACAUCACUUCCGGUAAUUGCCUUGGGAGUGUUUGAUCAAGAUGUCUCAGCCAAGUUCUGUCUCAAGUUCCCUCUAUUGUACCAAGAAGGUGCACAAAAUGUCUUAUUCAGCUGGCUCCGGAUACUUGGAUGGGCAAUGAAUGGGGUAGUGACUGCUACCAUAAUCUUCUUCUUCUGCCUUGUGGCAAUGGGUAGUCAAGCUUUUCGUAAAGGUGGGCAAGUUGUUGGCUUCGAAAUCUUUGGGGCCACGAUGUACUCAUGCGUUGUAUGGGUCGUGAACUGUCAAAUGGCACUAUCCAUCAAUUACUUCACAUAUAUUCAACAUCUCUUCAUCUGGGGUGGCAUUGUGUUCUGGUAUAUUUUCCAGUUGGCAUAUGGAGCCUUGGACCCUGACAUAUCAACCACUGCCUAUAAGGUUUUCAUUGAAGCCUGUGCACCAGCUCCAUUUUAUUGGCUUCUCACUCUAUUUGUUUUGGUCUCUUCCCUCCUACCAUAUUUCACUUAUGCAGCCAUCCAAAUGAGGUUUUUCCCCAUGUAUCAUCAGAUGAUACAGUGGAUAAGAACAGAUGGGCAAUCAGAUGACCCUGAGUUCUGUCAUAUGGUGCGCCAGAGAUCCAUAAGACCCACAACAGUAGGUUACACAGCCCGCAUUGAAGCGACAUCUAAACGCUUUGAAGAGAAGCUCGAGGGCCUUUAA